GGGCCGGGCGGCCGCCCGGGUCCCGCUUCUGUUUUCUGGCGUUUCCUCAUUCUGUUUCUCUUCCCCAAUCCCAGACCGCAGUGAUGUGGGCGCGGAGCCCGGCUGCCCCGCCUCGCUCUCCACCAUGAACGAGCCCACCGUGCAGCCGUCCCGCACGUCCUCGGCACCCGCCUCGCCAGCAUCCCCGCGCGGCUGGAGUGACUUCUGCGAGCGGCACGCAGCAGCCGCGGCGCGGGAUCUGGCCCGCCAGUACUGGCUGUUUGCGCGUGCGCACCCACAGCCGCCGCGCGCCGACCUGGUGUCGCUGCAGUUCGCCGAGCUCUUCCAGCGCCACUUCUGUCGGGAGGUGCGCGAGGGCCUCGCGGGGCCGCCAGGUCACGACUACCGUGCUACUGCCCCGCCCCGCCCCGCGCUGCCCAAGGCACGCAGCUGAGACCUGAGCCCGCGGCCCUCCUGCGCCCUGCAGCACCUGCGCCGCAGCCUGCGCCAGCUCUUCCGCCGCCGCUCGGCUGGGGAGCUGCCCGGGGCUACCAGCGACACCAAUGACACCGACGCCGUCGCCACCAGCAGGCCGGGCCCUGCCCGCAAGUUGCUACCCUGGAGCCUGCGAGAGCCGUCCGCCGAGGCGCUCAAGGAGGUGGUAUUGCGCUACAGCCUGGCGGAUGAGGCGGCAAUGGACAGCGGCGCGCACUGGCAGCGGGGUCGCCUGGUGCUUCGGUCUCCAGGUCCAGGCCACGGCCACCUUCUGCAGCUCUUCGAUCCGCCCAAGAGCUCAAAGCCCAAGCUCCAAGAGGCCUGCUCCAGCAUCCGGGAGGUCCGACCCUGCACACGCCUGGAGAUGCCGGACAACCUCUACACCUUUGUGUUGAAGGUGCAGGGCCAGACAGACAUCAUCUUUGAGGUGGGAGAUGAACAGCAGCUGAACUCAUGGCUGGCAGAGCUCAGGGCAAGCACAGGCCUAGGGUUGGAGCACCUGGACACAGAGUUACCUCUUUCCUUAGUGGCAGAGCCUGGCCCAGCUAUAUCCCCAAGGGGAAGCACGGACUCCCUGGACCAAGGUGCUUCACCUGGGGUGAUGUUGGACCCAGCCUGCCAGAAAACAGAUCACUUCCUGUCCUGCUACCCCUGGUUCCACGGCCCCAUCUCCAGGGUGAGGGCUGCACAGCUGGUUCAGCUGCAGGGCCCUGAUGCCCACGGUGUGUUCCUGGUGCGGCAGAGUGAGUCCCGGAGAGGGGAAUAUGUACUCACAUUCAACUUACAGGGCAGAGCCAAGCACCUCCGCCUGGUGCUCACGGAGCGUGGACAGUGCCGGGUGCAACACCUGCACUUCCCCUCGGUGGUGGAUAUGCUCCGCCACUUCCAGCGCUCCCCCAUCCCACUGGAAUGUGGAGCAGCCUGUGAUGUCCGACUCUCUGGCUAUGUGGUAGUCGUCUCUCAGGCACCAGGUUCCUCCAACACCGUUCUCUUCCCUUUUUCCCUUCCUCACUGGGACUCAGAGCUGGGCCAUCCCCACCUCAGCUCUGCUGGCUGUCCCCCUGGCCAUGGUGCAGAGGCUCUCCGUGGCCAAGUGACACCUCCUGAGCAGAUCUUCCACCUGGUGCCUUCUCCUGAGGAACUGGCCAACAGUCUGCGGCAGCUGGAGCUUGAGUCUGUGAGCAGUGCCCGGGACUCAGACUAUGAAAUGGACUCCUCCUCACGGAGCCACCUUCGGGCCAUUGACAACCAGUACACCCCUCUCUCACAGCUGUGCAGAGAGGCAAACUUGUGAAUGUAACCAUUUUCCUUCCCUCCAGAGAACUACAGGCUGCUGCUGUCAGCCUUCCCCAGCUCAGAUGUGCCCUGCUUCCACCACACACAAGGCUGUCACAGGCUUCCUGUCAGCCACAGCUAGCCCUGGCUUCUUCCCACUGUCUGCAGAUGUAGUUCUUGUGCACAGGUGCCACUAGCUGGCACCCAGGGCCUCGUUCCCAACACAGAGGAGGCGGGGCUACAGGCCCAGAGCUGGCAGUGGAAACUGACAGAGCUGAUGACAGACUUCUUACCAGGUAGGGUCAUCGGGAAGCACAAAACACUAACAGUCCCUGGAUUCUCACAUGGUGUCCUUCCCUGUAGCUUCAUUCUGUGGCAAGUCUAAGUCCCAAGUCACAGGCGAUGGACGCUUCAUAAUCCUGCUUCUACUCUUAGCUUUGGACAGAAGCUCUGCCAGAGGGGCAAGCUUAAAGAUCAAAAAUGAUUUAAACAUUUUACCUCAGAGUAAUUAUUUUUAAAGGAUUCAGGUUUCCACUUAAUAUUAUAGCUUACUUCACUGCACUGCCCUGCUACCCCUGCCACUCUAAAGUUGGGGGCAGCUGAGUCCCCCUGCUUUGCUUACCUUGAGCCAGGCUAGCAUGCUAGUGUCCUUGUCUGCUCACCCUCAGGACAGUUGCCUGCUACGGGGUAGCCACUGUCCUCCCUAAUGUAGACAAUGAAGUGUGUCACCCUUUCAGGGAAAUCCAGGCAGCUUGCAGAGAGAGGAGGGUGGCAAGGGACAUUCCACCCCAGUGCCUUAUGCAUUAAAAACAAAAUCAGGACUGUGGUUUACAGCAGCGUUAGAGGAUGAGAUGAAUGGGUGGGGGAAGACAAACACAGAUGGAAGGCCUCUAGGCUUCUUUAGUGAACCCACAUUUUACUCCCCCCAGUCCCCUCCCAGCAUCUAGGGGCUUAUUGAGUUUGGCCCCGUGCUAUGAAGAAACUCCUGUAACCGCUCCUAGGUGUUCUUAUCCAUACAAUCUUUCCAUCUAGACAGAGCCAAAACUGUCAUCUUUCCUAAGGGAUGCAGUUCACAGGGACUGGAAGCAGGCUGUUCAUGGCACAAACAGUGCUUGCAGCAGUGGCUUUGGGAAACCACAACUUAAUUCCUUGAACAUUGAGAGGCAGCCAUGCUGCUGCCCUGCUGCAGACAGCAGUGCUGACUCCCCCUCUGCUCACCUUGCACUUGGGAAGCCUGCGUGGGCUUUGGUGAGGGAAGCAGCUGCACCUCAGCCUCGACACCCACCACAGGUGUGGACCUGUGCUCCAUCUUAGGACAGCGCCUUCCUUCACUGCACGUUAGGUAUGAACCAGAGACGUGAGCAGUGACAGCCAGUGGGCCAGGCCGGCUCUAAUCCACACAGGAUGCUUGGACGGCUGUGCCCUGCACCUGGCCAGGAGCUAACCCACUUCAAACUUGGGCACUCAUUUCUCCUGGGCCUUCAAAGAGAGACCUGCUAGGUGCUGUAAACCAGCACCUUGGCCCCUUAGUGCUGGGAUUCACUCACUGUGGACAGCUUCGUUUCAAAAAAUGUCCAAGAUAUCAGAAAACAAGGUAAAAAAGUCUCAUGACUCUGUGACAGAGUGACAACACUAAGCCAGCACCUUUUCUUUAAGCUAUAAAGUAGGUCCAGUUGGCUGAUGGGGACAGACGGGUACCGGGUAUGAGAACUCCUGGGCCAGAUACCCUGUGUCAAAGCCAGGCCCCACUCCCACCCUCAGCAGUGUCUUCUGGCCACACGAGGCAGGAAGGGUCAGUCGGCCUCUAGAGACAGAGCAGCUCAACAGUCCUGAACCCCUGCUCCCUUCUCCCGAGUACUCAACUCAGACUAACAGGCACCAGCACCAAAGAGUUAGGUCAACUAACCUGCCUUGUCUUUACCAGCAUCCACAUGGCUUUAUCUGUAUAAAUCUUCUGCCUUUGAUCAUUUCUGGAUGGUGUAGGAAAAAAGGAAUAGUGACCAUUACAGUCUUGGGCCAGACAACACUAUUUUUACCUAAGUCUCUUAACCUAAAUUAAGGCUUCACCUCUUCCCUGAGGGCUCAGUCUCUUGUUUAAAUGUUACCUUGGUGCAAAUACAAGUGAUAAACUGUCCCCCACUGCCUCCUGAUGAGGACACAUCUGUCUAAUGGCCAGCGUGUGGCUGGAAUAAGCAGCAUUGUGACCACAGGAUCAGGGGACUUCAUCUUCUAUCAUUAGAGCAGAAGGUAUUUGGCAAAUCUUUGUUUUAUGUACUGUACGAGUAACUUAUUCUUGAAUAAUGCAAAUUUUCCUACAAUGUACAAAUUGCUGUAUGUGAAUUAAAAAGGUUUUCAGAAUUACAA